AUGGGGGUCAUACCAUUUAUCUUUGACCUUAUGAAUGGACUUGGCCCACAUUAUCCACAAUGUGUAUGUGCUCCACCCCCAUGUGCAGCUACAGCCAAUGCAGUAAGUGCUUCUCAAGCAACAGUAGUUGGACAGACUGCUCUCGUCGAGCCACUACCACCUGUACAAUCGGUACCACCGCCGUAUGUUGGUGGCGGAGGAGGAUACGGUGGACUGCCUCCGAAUAUGUACUCUGCAGCGGGCUAUCCUUAUAGAAGGAGGUACAGAAGGUAA